AUGUGUAUCGAAUGCACCGGCUGGAGCCCCGCCGUCUUUGUGGAGGCCUAUUCUGCCUGUGGCGAAGGGCUGGAUGAUGGAAACACGCCCAGAUUUCCUUAUAUGCCUCACGUGUUGAAAUAUGUGGUGAUGGAGCUGUUAAAGAACAGCUGCAGGGCCACCGCGGACAUGUUGAGUGCCACCACUGACUUACAAGUGGAGGAUGUUCCGAUCAACGUGAUUGUGUGUGCCGACGAGGACCACGUCACGAUCUGUGUGUCCGAUCGCGCACGAGGGAUUCCGCGAGGAGUGAAUGCAUGGUUAUAUUUAUACACCACAGCCAAAAACGGAGCGUAUGGUGGAGAGAAACGAUUGGCUGGACAUGGCGUAGGCCUGCCACUAUCAAGGCUGUACGCUCGCUACUUGGGUGGAGCCCUAGAUUUGGUUUCCUUACCUGGCUAUGGGACACACGCCUAUGUGAACCUCCCUCGUGUCCAGUCGCAGCAGGUGGAAGUGGUCCCAGACGAGGACUACCGCUACGACCACGCGAGCCUUUUAGAUUUUACAGUCUGA